AUUAUUAUAUUACCUAUAUAUAAUAAUGAUAGAAGGCUGUAGUAUUCUACACGUAUGUAUUUUCAUACUUUCUGCUAGCCCACCACUAUAGGCCCACCCAUAUGAACCGAUAUCAGCCGAUUGAGCUGAUGUGCUGUGCACUUCUAUUUUUUACUUAUACAGCUUACAGCAAGUGAAUCUGGCCGAUAUUAAAUAUAUACCCUCACAAAUUCUUAUCAUUCACGAGGAGAAGAAAUAUCUCUCACAUACAUACUAGUACUUAGCAGUUUUGUGCGUGGGUGGAUAUCAAAAUAUUAAAUAUCUGUUAAAUAGGACGACUACGUUGGCGAACAAUUGCAACGUUUUGUGUUUUGUGAUAGUGGGUGCAUGUAUAAUAUACGCCUCAAGUUUCUAGCUCAGGGCAGAAGCCGCAGCAUCAUCAUAGCUGCGGUACAUAAGCGAGACGACGGCGACGAUGGUCACCAUCGACGAAAUCAAACAGACUUACCCCCUGCACUGGCUCGUCUGGAACAACGAUCACCAAGAGCUUGACAAACUCCUCGACACCAAUGAGUAUGACAUUGAACAGCUGGAUAACAGAGGCAGAACACCUCUUAUGCUAGCUGUAACAUUGGGUUACACAGAGUCAGCCUUGGUUUUACUUCAACAUGAGGCCAAUGUUAACACGGAAAAUCAAGGAUGGACAGUUGUACAAGAGGCUGUUGGUUCUGGCAAUCCAGAACUACUACAAAUGGUACUAGCAAGAAGAGACUAUCAAAGGUAUUGCAACAGAGCUGCCGGCAUUCCAGAACUUCUUCUUAAACUUAAACAGGCACCAGAUUUUUACGUAGAAAUGAAAUGGGAGUUUGCCAGUUGGGUUCCUCUUGCUUCUCGUAUGUGUCCAAGUGACACCUAUAAAGUUUACAAACAAGGCAGUAAUGUUCGAAUAGAUACUACUCUACUCGGUUUUGAUCAAUCAAGUUGGCAAAGAGGAAACCGUAGCUAUGUGUUUAAAGGCCAAAAUGAUGGUGCUACAAUGAUGGAAGUGGAUCACGAAACGAAAAAAGUGUACGUAGAACAUAUGAAACUCAUAGGUGAUGAUAAUGUACAAUUGAUGGAGCCAUCAGAGGAAGGUGUGAUAGCAAGAUUAACAAGUCCUAUAGUGACAACUUACAUAGACACAGACAAAAUAAGUUUUGAGAGGAAUAAAGCAGGAUUGUGGGGCUGGAGAUCCGAUAAAAGUGAGGUAGUGAACGGACAUGAGUGCAAAGUGUUCAGUGCCAGUAAUGUAGAAUUGAUAACACAAACACGAUUAGAACAUUUAUCCGAAGCGGACAAAAUUAGGGCAAAAUCACCUCGUACUCCAUUGCAAUCCUUGCUCGGUAUUGCUGAACAGACUACUCAAGAAGGCGCAGCAGCUGCUGUGUCAAGUGAGGAAUAUACGAAUAUUGGCAAUCCUUGCAAUGUAACACCAGAGGAGUAUUUCGAUCCAGAUGUAGAUUUGAGUAGUAGAGACAUUGGCAGAUCUAAAGAAAUGAGUAAAAAAAUACAAAAAUUCAAAGCUACCUUAUGGCUGAGUGAAGAAUAUCCUCUUAGUCUUCAGGAACAAAUCAUGCCCAUUGUGGAUUUAAUGGCUAUUACAAGUUCACAUUUUGCUAAAUUAAAAGAUUUUAUACAAAUGCAAUUACCAUCAGGUUUUCCUGUUAAAAUAGAAAUUCCAUUGUUUCACAUUUUAAACGCACGAAUAACAUUUGGCAACAUUUUUGGAUUAGACGAAGAAGUGCCGCACGUCGGUCGUAUAGAAGAAGGAAACCGAUUGACUUGUCUUUUAGAUGAUGUAUGCUUUGAGGCUCCUAUAGGUUAUGCAAAACUAGGUGCUGAAAUGCGAACACAAUUCAGUAUUGAGGAAGAAGAUGAUUUGUUACAAUUUGCGAUUCAACAAAGCCUCCUUGAUGCCGGUAGUGAACGAGAUAAGGUCGAUAUAUGGGAGGCUUUAAAAGCUCAAAAACCAUCUCGUCCAACUACCCCGAACAAUAUAAAUGCAGAAGAAGAAAAGCAGCUGCAGAGAGCAAUUCAAGAAAGUCUGGAACUUUACCAAGAAACUGUUGGUGGGUGUAGUAGAGAUGGUAUGAAUGACAUGGAGGCUGGUGGCGAAGCGGACGAUGAGUCGCUACAGAGUGCCACCGAACAGUUGAGAUUGGCAUUAAGACUUUCAGAACAGCAGCAAAUGGAAGAGGAGCAGCGUCGACUUCUCGAGGAAGAAACGUUUAGACAAGUCUUGGAGCUUUCGCUUACCGAAAAGUGAAUUUAUAAAAUUUUUCUUACAUAAAAUUU